AUGGCCUCACCGCCGACUCGGGAUCCCCCAGUCCCUGACUUAUUUUCUGGACAGCCACCGGUGGCCUCAACUCCGGCCAACCAGAGCGCAGAGGCCUCGGAGGGCAAUGGGUCGGUGGCGGGUCCCGGCUCUCAGGCUGUCACGCCAUUCCAGAGCCUGCAGCUGGUGCAUCAGCUGAAGGGGCUGAUCGUGCUGCUCUACAGCGUCGUGGUGGUCGUGGGGCUCGUGGGCAACUGCCUGCUGGUGCUGGUGAUCGCGCGGGUGCGCCGGCUGCACAACGUGACCAACUUCCUCAUCGGCAACCUGGCCUUGUCCGACGUGCUCAUGUGCACCGCCUGCGUGCCGCUCACGCUGGCCUACGCCUUCGAGCCGCGGGGCUGGGUGUUCGGCGGUGGCCUGUGCCACCUGGUCUUCUUCCUGCAGCCCGUCACCGUCUACGUGUCGGUGUUCACGCUCACCACCAUCGCGGUGGACCGCUACGUCGUGCUGGUGCACCCGCUGCGCCGCCGCAUCUCGCUGCGCUUCAGCGCCUACGCCGUGCUGGCCAUCUGGGCGCUGUCCGCGGUGCUGGCGCUGCCCGCCGCCUUGCAUACCUACCACGUAGAGCUCAAGCCGCACCGCGUGCGCCUCUGCGAGGAGUUCUGGGGGUCCCAGGAGCGCCAGCGCCAACUGUACGCUUGGGGGCUUUUGUUCGUCACCUACCUGCUUCCCCUGCUGGUCAUCCUCCUGUCCUAUGUCCGAGUAUCGGUGAAGCUGCGCAACCGCGUGGUGCCGGGCAGCGUAACCCAGAACCAGGCCAACUGGGACCGCGCGCGGCGCCGACGCACCUUCUGCCUCCUGGUGGUGGUUGUGGUCGUGUUCGCCAUCUGCUGGUUGCCGCUGCAUGUCUUCAACCUGCUGCGGGACCUUGACCCCCGCGCCAUUGACCCCUACGCCUUCGGGCUGGUGCAGCUGCUCUGCCACUGGCUCGCCAUGAGCUCAGCUUGCUACAACCCCUUCAUCUACGCCUGGCUGCACGACAGCUUCCGCGAGGAGCUGCGCAAGCUGUUGCUCGCCUGGCCCCGCAAGAUCGCGCCGCACGGCCAGAACAUGACAGUCAGCGUGGUCAUCUGA